UUGAUUCCCGACAAAUCGUAUGAGAGGAAAAUUGCACGCUCUGGCAUAGGAAUGGAAUAGAGAACUCACUGACUUUAUAAUACUAUCAUUCUGCGAAAUGUGUUACGAGAUAUUCUCGUGUUCUUAUUUGGGUUUUUCGUGUCUCAUCUGUACCCUCUGCUUCCUCGGUAGCUGAACGGAGCAUUCCGGGUUAUGCUACAUGUUACUUUGGGAUUUUUUUUCUUUUCCAAAUCAGGAUUAUCAAUUAAUUUUUGGUUUAAAUUUGUAUAUUGUGUUAAACAUGAUAUGUAUUUGCGUGCGAAAUGAAGGAUUUUGUAUGCAUGGUCGGUAGGUUUUUCUUUUGGAGGAUUGAUUUCGUAGGCUGAAUCAAAUUGUUUGAAUGAUUGUGCAACAGCAGUUUGACCAUGACGUCAAGUAUGUUGAGUGGAGAGAGAAGAUGGGCUACUUCUACAAGAAGAGGUGGCAAGACAGUUUUGGGGAAAGUUGCAGUUCCAAAACCCAUAAACUUACCGAGUCAAAAGUUAGAAAAUCAUGGUCUGGACCCAAGUGUGGAAAUUGUUCCCAAGGGCACCCAUAGCUGGGGAAGUAGACCAUCUUCUUCGGCAUCAAAUGCCUGGGGGACAGUGUCUCCCAGAACUGAAGGUGGUACUGGUUCACCAAGCCAUCUUAGUGGCCGUCCUUCAUCUGGUGGAAGCAACACAAGGCCAUCAACUUCCAGUAGUGAUAGAGCUCAUGAACCUAAUGCUAAUGCAUGGGGCCCAAACUCUAGACCAUCAUCAGCUUCUGGUGCAUUGACUUCUAAUCAGACCGUGCUGACAUCAUUGCGCCCUCGCAGUGCAGAAACUAGACCGGGUAGCUCACAGUUAUCCCGAUUUGCUGAACCAUUGCCUGAAAAUACAGGGGCAUGGGGUGCUGCUGGGACUCCAGAGAAAUUGGGGGCAAUGGCACCCAAGAACGAUGGGUUUUCUCUGUCUUCUGGAGAUUUUCCUACACUGGGUUCAGAGAAAGAUAAUUCUGGCAGGAACAUUGACUCACAAGACCACAGUUCUCAUGGCCGACCUGUCUCAUAUUCUGGUGGAGUAGUAUUGCCGAAAGAGGGGAACGGGGCUUCUAUAGUUGGUGAUGUUUCUAUGGAUGCAAAUGUGAAAAGUGGUACUGCAAAUUCUUGGGGAAGAGAUAAGCGUGAGGACGCCGUCCCGUCUAGUGUGGAGAAGUGGCAGACUGAUCCACAAUCAUACCCUAAUCCUAGUAUUCCUCCUCAUCAUUUUGAAGCUUGGCAUGGUCCUCCAGUAACUAGUCCUCCAGGUGGUGUUUGGUUCAGAGGACCUCCAGGAGGUCAUCCAUACGGACCUCCUGUUGGUCCUGGUGCCUUUCCCAUGGAACCAUUUCCUUAUUAUCAUCCUCAAAUGCCAGCUACUACUCUUGCCAAUCCACAGCCAGGCCCCCCACCUGGUGGUGGACCAAGGGGACACCAUCCUAAUAAUGGAGAUUUGUACAGACCUCAUAUGACAGAUGCCUAUAUUCGGCCAGGUAUGCCAAUCAGGCCUGGCUUUUACCCUGGUCCAGUUGCAUAUGAGGGUUAUUACAGUGGUCCGAUGGGAUACUGCAAUUCAAAUGACCGGGAUGUUCCAUUUAUGGGAAUGGCAACUGGCCCCCCAGUUUAUAAUAGGUACUCGACCCAAAAUGCUCCCAAGUCUAGCAGUUCACAGGGAAGAUCUGGUGGAUAUGGUUCUGCUGGCAAAACAAUGGUUCCAGAACACAUGGAAUCUGGUCAUCCUCAUGAUACACGAGGACCAUAUAAAGUUCUUCUGAAGCAGCAGAAUGGUUGGGAUGGGAAGAAUAAAGAGAGAAAAUGGGAGGGUACAAUCUCCACCGAUGCUGCAUAUAUUGAGAAGGCGGACCAACCAGGAAUGUCUUCAUGGGAGAAUGACCGGAGGUCAGAUUACAGAAAUGAUGUGGAAAUCAGUUUAAGACAGAUGACACCCAGUCAAGAAAAUUCUAGUCAGACUUAUGAUGACCGACGCUCUUCUGUACCUGUCAAAGUCAAGUCUCCCAAAAGUGUGGGAAAUAUGAAGGCAAGUGAUGACAUUUCAGCAAGUAACUUGGAAUGCGCAUCCUCCAGUUCACCAGAAAUUCCAGGUUCUGUUUCAGCUGUUCCAAAAGAUUCCACUCUGAUUAAGAAAAUUGAGGGAUUAAAUGCAAAAGCUCGGGCUGCUGACGGACAACAUGAUAUUACAUCUGUUUCUAGUUGGGAGGGGCAAAAGAAUAAGUUUUUGGUUCAUAAUGCCAAGGCUACCCAUCCUGCAGAUGAAGGUGGUAGGGGUUUUGUGCAUACUGAGAGAAUCCAUGCCACUAGAAUCACAAAUCCUGCCUCUCGUGAAAUUGGUGUUUCUGUUGGAGAUAAAAGCCUUGAAUCUAUGGCUGCUGGUGGAACAACCAUCUCCAGAUCUAUCCAUGAUAUGCAAGGCAGGGGUAAUCAUGGUAAGGGAGGGCACAAUAGCCUGGAGGUUGAUGGGUGGCGGAAAAAGGCUGAAGUGAUAGAGACUCCAAGUGUUGUAUCAACUUCAUGGUCCGAGACUAAUUCUACUGUUCAUGUUCAUGACCACCAUACAUCUUUUGAGGCUUCUGAAAUGUCUAUGCUAUUCCCUCAAGCAAGGGAUGAGAGAGAAUCUGCUCCUCCUGUGUUUGAUCCAAGUGAUUAUCAGGCACAGCAUACUAAGUUGAGAGAGCGUGAGCAACGCGCCAAACAACUAAGGGAGGAGGAGGAAGAACGGACAAGAAAGCAAAUGGCCAAGGCUCGUGCAAAACUGGAAGAGUUGGAUAGGCGUAAACAAUCAAUGAAAGGGCCAACUCAGAAGUCAGAAGCUUCAAGUGAUGCCAUGCAGAUCAGCGAGGGCACCAGUAGAGUUGUGCAAUCCCCGGAUUUGUCCAGUGAGCUACCUCCAGAGAAACCUAAGAGUGCUAACAAGGAAUCUGUAGUUCAGAAUCAAUCCGUGUCAUUGCAGCAUGAUGCUGAUAGUGCUGAUGUUGCUCAUCAUAAUGAUGCUCCCCACAUUCAGGAUGGUGAUGCCCCAAGGCAGAAGCGUAUGGGCUACAAAGAAAAGCAGAGUCUGGAAAAGAACUCUAAUGUAAUGUCAAUUUCCAGUAGUAAUAACGAGGCACCAAAAAACCAUACUGAUGCAGCGGGUAAGAUCACAGUGUCAGUUGGUGAAGUUGCCAUUGAAAUUGCCCCAAGCCGCCAGUCAAACUUGCCUCUGAACUCAAAUGCAGUGCCUGGGUCCUCAAGCUUUCUUAUGAAUGCAAAUGCAGUGACAGAGUCGUCCGUUUAUCAGAGAAAGAAGAAUAACAGGGGUGGCAAGAACAAGCACAAAGUGGAGGUAGCAUCAUCUGUGGCUACUUCACAAUCAUUAGAAGCAAAAGAACCAAAUCUUGUGAAUGCUUCUCUUGAACUUGGCAAGCCAAUUGUUUUUCAGACCGAAUUGGAUUCUAACUCAGUUCAGUCAGUAACCAUUUCGAAGGAUGAAAAUCAGUUAUUGGAGCAUCGAUCAUCUUUACCAUUGGAAGAUUCACAUGGUAGAGUGAACAGCCAGUGGAAAGCUCAGCAUUCUCGUAGGAUGUCAAAAAACCCACAACUUAAUAGAUCAGCAGAGAAAUUCCAUGGUGAUGCUAUCUGGGCACCAGUAGGGUCACAAAACAAAGCUGACGCAGAUGAAGCCAGUCACAGAAAUGUAGUUGAAGCCAUUACUCCAAUCAUGAAGAUUGAUCAUCAAGCGCAGGGUAACCCCAAAAAUAAGAGGGCAGAAAUUGAGAGAUAUAUACCAAAGCCUGUAGCGAAGGAAAUGGCUCAGCAAGGAAGCGUUCAACAACUGGUGGCAUCUUCAGGCAAUCAGACUACAUCAGAUGAGACCAUUGGGGGAGCAGAUUCUUCUUCUGGCACCAAAAGUAGGCAACCUGCUGGCUCAGCUGUGGGAAAAGUGGGGCUUGCUUUGGAGUCCCGGAACGGGGAUGGUAGGCAGAAUAAGCAGGGAAGAGCGCAUGGGUCGUGGCGGCAACGAGGUUCAACAGAGUUGGUUGGUGUGCAGAGUUUGCAAGAUGGACCUUCAUACCCUGGUCAAAAUGUUCAAAACUCUGUCAAGGAUUACCAAACUCAGAAGCUGGAUGUAGGUUUGGUGAAAGAGCAACAAAAAUAUUCUGAUGAAUGGAAUGCCCCUGAUGGUUGUAACAUUCCCGACAAUUCUGAUUCUGUUGCAGAGGUUGCUGUUACUGUCAUAACAGAUCAGGGAGUAACGGGCAGAGCAAGACGCCAUCCAUUCAAGGGGCAGAAAGGUAUGGGGAAUAAUAAUGAUCUUGAUCAGAAGGAAAAUAGUAUUGGCGACGCGGACAAAAUUGAUACCCAAUUUUCCUCCUUUGAAAUGACUCAAACACACUUGCCUACCACUUCGAAAGAUAAUCGAGGUACUGGGGAACGUUCAACAGCUCAUUGGCAACCCAAAUCUCAAACAUUUCCUGCUAAUAGUCAACAAGGAAGCAGAAACAAUAGUGUUCGAAGUGGAGGUCCUGGAGUUGUUUGGACAAACAAAAAGGAGUCUACUCCCCAGGGUGCUGCUGUACCACUAACACCACUACAUGACAAGAGAACUGGUGAAGGUGUGUCCCCACCUUGCCAUGAUCAAUCUCCCUCUAAAAAAUUCGAUGCAGAAGAAGCAUUAGGUGCUGUAGGGCAUCGAGAGGCAAAAAGAGGGAAAAAAGUAGGUUCCCUCAAGGGACGUCCCCACUCCCCAAACCUAGUUCCUGUCGGCCCAGUUGAACAAGCUCCUGGAAGUAUGGAUGUUAGACAUGAGCAACGGUCAUCAUCCGGAUUCCGGAAGAGUGGAAACCAAAAUAAUAACCGUUUCGGCAGGGUGCACGAAUCUCGUGGGGAUUGGAACUCAUCUGGGCAUGAUAGCAAACAUAAUAACCCACCCUCAAACUGGGACAGGCAGAGGCCCAAUUCACAUUACGAGUACCAGCCAGUUGGCCCAGACAACAAUAACAGAUCAAACAUAGCCGAGGGAUCGAAAGAUGGAAUCCAUAAUACAGGUCCAAGGUUCAGGGAGAGGGGUCAGAAUCACUUGAGGCAUGGUGGGGGGAACUUCUAUGGAAGGCAAGGUGGCACUGAUAGAGUAGGAGCCGACUACGAGUAGUGGGAACUGAAAUUCUGCAGUGGUUUUUGUUUGGUGAUAAACGACUCAACUCAGCAGUGUCUGGAUCCAUGAUGUUUUCAGGGCUUGGAGAAAAGAUGAUGAUGAUGAUGGGGCAAAAUAUUAUUGAGAUGGUGGUACUACUCGCAUUUGGUUAAAUCCUUCUCUUAUUUUUGAAAAUAUUUCUGAUCUACCCAUUGUAACUUGUUCACACGGUUGGUUUUCCAUGGAACCAUUGAUACCUUUCUUUUAAGCCCUGUAUUGUAGUGACCGUUAUAUCGUUGAUAUGGAACGUCAGAAAGGAAUGAAGUGAGGUUUUCUGGUU